CGAUGCCACGGGAGGGUUAGGCUGCCCCGCAAGGUCCCAUCUUUCAUGCUGGCCGCCCGCGGGUUGGGUGGCGGCGCCAGUCAUAAAGAUGGCGUCGCCAGGGUUGCACGAUAGAGGCUUCGGGAGGUCUGGCCUGGCCGAGGGGGACGGCCGGCAGCGGCAACGGGGGACAGGGAGAGGCCGCAGGGGGAGCCGCGGCCUGGUCCAACUUGGUGACCAGAUUCACCGCUGGAACCGCCUCAAGAGACAGCUGAACCUGCAGAGCGACGAGGAAAUGGCCCGGAGACUGCUGGACGCGUUUGUAAAGAUCCACGUCAGCCCAUCCAGCCCAAACCAGGCCGUGCUUCAAGUCUGCAUCCGUGAUGAAGGCGUGGUGACACACGGUGCCAUCAGGAAAGAACAGGAGGAUGCCCACAGCACCACUCCCUUCUGGCCAUCGGCUGCAGUCGGCAAUGAAAGGACACACACCUCACCGCCUGCGUCCUGGAAAAUGGAAGUUCCCAGCGAAUCGAAGCCCAGAGGGAAAAGGUCCCGUUCAGAUAGGUUGGCGAGGGCCGGAAGCAGCAGCUCGCCUGAUCUCCCGAAGGCAGCGCCUGAAAGCGAGCAUGCCCUGCAGGUGGGCGGGAGGGUGCCACUGGGGAGACUCCCGCUCCCUCUGGAAGAGGCCACCCCCGGCAGGCCGAGACGGGACGGUCCGCGGCUGAGAAGCAGGGUCUUCAUCGGUGACCAGGCGGCUCGGUGGAACUCACUGAAGGCCGACCUGGGCAUGCCGAGCGACGAGGAGAUGGCCAGGGUUCUGCUGGAUGUGUUUAUAGAGAAGCGAAUGAAUCAGCCAGGACCCAGUUGCACUGUCCGGGAGAUGGGCCUCAAUGAAGAAGCGGACGUUACUCGCGAUUCCGUCAAGGAAGAUAACGAACAAGAUGACUUGGACAGCAUCCCCUCACUGUCAGCAGGAUCAGAGUCGACUGUGACCUUAUCACACCCCAGCAGUAUCGGCAGCUUUGAGGAUGACACAGACAUCUCCCUCUUCAGCGGCGCCGACUCCCUGUCGGAGAGCGUUUGGAAAUCUCCAGGGAUGGCGAGCAGGAGGCCCGAGUGUCUGGCACUCCCCAAUCCUGGAGGAAAGGUGGGACCUGAGGAAUGGGAGUCAGACAGCGAAGGCCACAGGUUUGAUCACCACAAUUCCAAAAACAGAGAUCCUUAUCCAAGAAACACAGAAAUGGAACCGACUGUCCCAUCGGAAGCAAUUCCCGAGCGGCGUCGAUCUUCCAUUGGGGAAAUUAUCCCAGUCUGCGUUGGUGGUGGAGGUGCCGGGCAGACCUGUCCUGCAGUCAAAAUAGAGCAAGAGGAUCUGUGCAGCUCUCCUUCACCAGUGGCCUCAGGGGGAUCCGAGUCCACAGUCACGUUAUCACAUCCGAGCAGUGAUCUCAGCCUCGAAGAGGAUUGCCAGCUUGGCAUGGCCGCACUAUCUGAGAGCGAGACCGAUGGGCCAGAGACAGAGGCGGCCAGGAGGAGAAAGCAGCCGGUUCGCCCGGGCCGGAAUUGCGGGUGUGAGCGACCUGGGACGCUGGACAUCGGAGAACAGAUCGAGCGUUGGAACUUGGUGAAGGAACGCUUGAAGCUGAAGAGUGACGAAGAGAUGGCCAGAGCACUCCUGGACUUAUAUACCAAGACACACUCCAUCUCCUCUAGCCCGCUGACCACACUGUCUGCGUUUGUGAAGAAGGUGUGAGGGCUCCCUGCUGCAGCAAGAUGGUUACAGCCACUCGGUCAGCAGUUUGGAACAGUGAGGUGUUUCUGGACGGGAACCUUUGGCGCCAGAGGACCCGAGCACUGCCUGCGUCGUGCCUUGGGAUCAGAGUCGGGAGCUGGCAGCUCACACUUGGGCAGUGUACCGGAUCUGUGAGCCUGAGUCCGCCCUGACCAGAGCACGCUCCGUCACCUUUAACCUCUUGUGUUGGGUCGUUUGAGGGCAAGCCGAGUACAGCAUGCGCUUGAGCAGCUUUGAUCAAGAUGUGACACAAGACAGUUGAAUAAUGUGUUUAUUUAUUUAUAUUUACAUGUACAUAUAUUAGUUUGUGUGUGUAUUGUACAGUAUUUUUGUAAAGAUUUUCUAUCGCAGAUAAAAAUAAAGUUU